AUGUCGACCGAUACCCACGAGAAUAAUCCCCACUGUGACGGUAAAUUCGGCCAGAUCUGCUGGCUCGAAAUCCCUGUGACGGACGUCAGACGGGCUAUUGCCUUCUACCGCGCCGUGUUCGACUGGUGCUGCAAAGACGAGUCGAUGCCUCACCCACUCGACUCAAUCCAAGCCGUCCAUUUCUUCAUGAACGGGACUCUGAACGGCGCUUUCCUCGUGAUGUUUCCGGAGGAUCUCGUAAAGACGGCUGGUAGUAAGGGUUCGGGCAGGCAGAGUGCGCUUGCUACGUAUUGCGUGGCGGAUAUCGAGGAGACGUUACGAAAGGUUGAGAAAGCCGGUGGGGCGGUCAUUGUACCCAAGACUGCCAUCGGUGGGGAUAUGGGAUCAUUCGCGCGGUUCGUGGAUACGGACGGAAAUCUUCAGGGGAUCUGGGAUCAGACAAUGUAGCUGGUUACCUAGCUGACAUCCCAGAAAACGACCUUAAGCCUUUAGUGAGACGGGCGUGGGCCGCUGCUACCUGCAAGGCAGUAUACCAAUAUAUCCGGAAUAUUCUUUCAUAUAGCCUUCUUUAGGUCAGCUCAGUUCGGUCUUACUCACUGAGGAGCCUCCCUUACGGAUCAUAAGGUAUUUUCUAUCUCAGAUCAAAUCGAAGAAGGCAUUGCUGGC